AGUUUGCGCACCUGCGUGUGACCGCCGAUAUCUGAGGAGCUAAAAUCCUCGGAGAUACCAACCCCGUAUAUCUCCGGAGUGGGAGGUGCUGGUGCCUGUCUGAGAGCAGUCGACAUCCCCGAAACAUGGACUGGAAACGGCUGGUGCAACAACACCAGAAAUGCGCGAAUUAUUCGGCUGGAUUACAAACUAUUGACAUGUUUCGCUUCAUAGAUUAGUAGUUCCCCAUCUCCAUUCUCUGAACAACUGCGCGUCAUUCCACGACAUAUUUGAUUUUUUAUCUUUUAGGAAGAAAGAAAACAUGUCACCGAAAUUUUGGGCAUACUUGUCACUUUUGUCAGUUUUUCAGACAUGCACUCAAACCGUCGUAUACGACGAGGACUACGAGGACGUAACUGUUAACCAAAUGUUGGCGCCAAAAACACAUGAAACGGACGCCACGGAAAUACUCAACAAUUUACUAAAGGAAUAUGAUAAGAAGUUACGGCCAGACAUCGGAGUAAAGCCGACCGUCAUCGGUGUGGACAUCUUUGUGAACAGCAUUGGCCCUGUGUCCUCCAUCGACAUGGUAAGUUGAAGGUAGCCCUAC